AUAGAAAAGUAGAAAAACCUACAUAAUGGAGUGCAUUCAUUUCUAAGUACCCAAUCCUCAUUAAACAAAGCAAACCAGAAAUCUGGUUGUGAACCCUCUGAAAUCUCCAAUACUCGCAAUACUUGCUUCUUUCUUGAGGAGAUGGCCAUGGUGCUGGAUGCUUUAGCUGCAACCACGGUCAGUAAGCUGGCUGAGGUUGUUGAGGAGAAGGUGGUAACUGUCCUGGGCGUGAAAGACGAGAUCAAGAGGCUACAGCGAAGGAUGGAGAGGAUCAAGCAUGUGCUUCAUGAUGCUGAGAGAAAGCGCAUCCAAUCAGAAUCAGUUGCAGGGUGGGUGAGGGAGCUCAAAGAUGUUAUGUACGAUGCCGAUGACAUAAUCGACCGAUGCAGGCACGAGGGUGGAAAAUUGCUUGAUGGCCAACCGUCUACAUCAUCUGAUCCAUCAUCAACGCAUUCCGAGAGUUUCUUGCAGGUUGUGGAAACACCUUGACUAAUUACCUGCUGCUCUUCGAUCUUUUCCUCGUAUCCAAAAGUUAUUUAAACUAACUCUCUUACUACCUUAACGCUUAUAGAUCACUUAAAUACACUUGUCUUUUGUGGACGAUGGGAUGAUGACAAUGGAGGGUUCAACAUGCAGCGAUCAAAACUGCAACACCGAUUGCCUGAGCAAGGGGUUGGAAGGCGGAGCUUGCCAUAUCAACUUUGCUGAUAAAAAAUGCCCCUGCAUAACAUCAAAACCUGUUGAAGAUUGAUGCACUGGUUCAGCAUUCUUCUAGUGCUACUGUUUCGUUGGAUUGUGCACUUUUUCAGCUACGUUUCUCAUCAAUCAGAAAGAGGCAUCUGGUACUAUUUAUCCGUUCAAUUUAUGUGUAAGUGAAGAGGAAAUAGAUGUAGGAAGUCAUCUGUUAACGCAUCUAUAAGUUUUUUGUACUAGAAUCUUACUGUCAGUAUGACUGCCAAAGUAUGCUUUUUGAUUCGCGAUC